AUGUCUUCAACAACAUUAAAUGACGAGUCAAUAUUCAAGUCAAAAAUUUAUUUAUUACCAAAUAGUCUGGGUAAAGGACGUUUAUCAAUAUUCAAAGAUGCGUUUUCAAAAUUUCGAUUAAAUUCAGCAGAAGAUUUUGAUUGUCAAAAAGUUAAAUUUGUUAUAGUCGAAGAAAGUUUGGAUCUACCAACUGUUUUAAAAAUAUUAAAAUUAGAUGUUAGGAACGACACAGAUAAUAGUAACAGUGAAAAUAAUCGUCCAGUAUUAAUUUCGACUAAAUGGUUGACUGAUUCUAUAAAAUCCAAAUAUCUAUUGCCAACUGCUGAUUAUACAUUGAAAUAUACCGUCAAAAAGCCACAGACAACGUCCACAACAACAACAGCAGCAGAGAUAGAGGCAAAAAGCCAAUCGCUCGCACAAUCAGAUACAACACAAUCCAAAAUACCUGAUGUUACAAAUAAACCUUCGGAAACGUCUUCACACUUAGCUGCACCAAAAUCCAUAAAACGUACAUUGUCUAGCGAUGAACCACUAGGCUCUGCAGCACAAAUAAAACGACGAGCGUAUUCAUCCGAAAGCGAUGGUUCAGAUGACGAAAUCAUGUUAGUAAAAAAUCCGGUGAAAAAAGGCGCUCUUCCUAAAGGAAAUUGGCAGUGUGCGCAAUCUUCAUUAAAUCCAGUGAAAACAAAUCAGAAUAAAGAGAUAACAGAUAAAUUAGAAGAAAUGGCUAAUUUAUAUGAAAAAGCUGCAGACAAAUGGCGUGCAUACAGUUAUCAAAAAGCAGUUGCUAUGCUUAAACGGCAUCCAAAACGAGUAACAACAUUCGAGGAAAUAGUUGCAUUACCCGGAAUUGGUCAACGUUUAGCCGAUAAAAUUUGGGAAAUUAUUGAAACUGGAGGUUUUCUAAAACUUGAAGAAUAUCAAUCACGUGACGACAUAACUGCAUUAAAUAUAUUCGGAAAUAUAUGGGGAGCUGGUGUGGUUAUAGCGAAACAAUGGGUUGAUCAAGGUUUUCGAACAUUGGAUGAUAUUCGUACUAAAGCAAAAUUAACACCAAAUCAACAAGUUGGUUUGAAGUAUUAUGAUGAAUUUCUUGAACGAAUUCCACGUGAUGAAGUUGCACAAAUUGAAAGCAUAGUAAAGGAUGCUGUGGAAUUGCUUUGUCCUGGUUCGAUCGUUCAGACGUGUGGCUCUUAUCGUCGAGGGAAACCAACAUGCGGCGAUAUUGAUAUUCUAAUCACACAUCCGGAUGGUUUAUCGCAUGAAGGAUUAUUGCAUCCAGUAAUUGAUAAUUUAAAGAAAAGUGGUUUUCUUACAGACGAUUUAAGUUACUCAGAUAAGCACGACGAAGAAUCUGGUGCACAUAUGAAAUACUUUGGUGUUUGCAUAUUACCCGGUGAAAAUCAAAAGCAUCGUCGAAUUGAUAUAAUUAUUAUACCAUAUAGUUCGGCAUAUUUUAAUCGGUCAAUGAGAAAAUUAGCACAUGGAAUGAAUAUGUAUUUAUCUCAACAUCGUUUAAAUACCGGUGUUAUUAGAAAAGGUGGUGUAAAAAUAAAUAAUGGUACAACAUUACCUACACCAACAGAAGAAUCCAUUUUUAAAUUUCUUAAUCUCGAAUAUCGACCUCCAGUAGAACUAAUAUAUAUUGAUAUAAAACAAAAAAAAAUGGUAUUAGAAGCAAAUAUCAUUGAAGAAAAACUAACAGAAGCAUGGAAAAAACGUUUAAAUGAUACAAGUUUUUCAGCUAAAUUAUUACCGAUAAUAUCAAAAUGUGAUACAGAUGAUGAAUUUCGAACAAUAUUUACUCGUCAAGUUUUACUUAAUGUUGAUACAGUGACAUCUUCAAUAUUAUUACAAUCCUAUUUUAAAUUUCAUACACGUUCUGGCUAUAUUGAUGUAUCACUUGUUAUCGAUCGAUUAAUCAUUUGUGUAUUUCCACAACAAACUGGAUUCAAUGAUGAUGAUGAAGUUAAAUUAAAAUUUUUAAUUGAACUUUUAAUUGAUACUUUAAAAACUAUGCAAUUAACAUCAAAACAAGCACCAAAAUUGGGUAAACAAUUAAAUUUACUUGCAAAAUGGUUAAGUAACGGUUUAAUUAUUUAUUCAAAUUAUUUAUAUGAACAUUUAUCUUCAAUAACUGACACGACAUCAUUGUAUCAUAAUAUUGAAUUAAUAAAAAGUAUGUUAGAAACAAUUAUCGAUUGUUUUCUACUUCUAUUCAGUCAAUCUCAAUAUUAUUGUGUAUGGUUAAUGACAAUUAAAUCAUUGCAUGAUCAUGCAGAAUGGAAUAAAUUAAUUGAAGAAUUAAAUCAAAUAUCACAACGAUUAUUAAAACAUGAUGGUUGUCGAUUAGAAUUACAAAAAACACAUUAUGAACAAAUUUUAUUUAAAAUAACAAAUUUACAUUUAUCUGAACAAUUUCAUCAAGAAGAAAUUAGUUUUAAUAUUGAUUUAUUUAAUCCAAUUGUAUCCAUGUUAGUUGUUAAUAAAUUACAUAUAAGUGGACCAAUAUUUUUAACAAUUAUUAAAUUUUUUGAAGAACAAUCUGUAACACCAGUAACAUCAAUGAUUUAUUUAAAAUUUUUACAAGCAAGUAUUAGUGGUUAUGUAUCAUCUUAUCAUAUACUUGAACAUGAACAACGAUGGAAUGCCUAUAUUAAUUAUCAAUUACCAAGAAUUUUAGCAGCAUUAAUUGAAAAAAAUUUUGAUGCAUUAAAACAAACAUUUGAAUUAUUAUUAUUACAUAAUGAAUAUGUUUUGGAUAGAAUAGAUGAAAUGUAUAUGGAAAAUUUUUUAGAACAACUACUGUGUAAUAUAUUACAAUAUACGUCACCACUUCUAAGAACAAAUUAUCAACAAAAAAUUACCGAAUUAGUCAAUAUAAUACAACAAACAAGAAAUCCUUAUAUGCAACAACUAUUGAUUCAACAACAGCAAACAAAUGAUGGACCAAUGCAAUUACCAAAUUCUGUUCAAAUAUUACAUUUACAACGAAAUUUAGAAAAAUCAUUGCCUAGAAUAAUCGAAAAUGUUCAUCUAUCACCAUCAUUUUCUCUACAACCACAACAACAGCAAGACAUUAUUGAUAAUCUUCCAUUAGAUCAAUAUCGCCUAAUUAUUCGUUUAUUAUUGAAUUAUAAUGAAUUAUAUUUAUCAUUAACACAAAUUAACGAUGAUGAUAAACGUUCUGUAUUUGAUUUGACUUUGUUUAUGUUGUGCUAUUUAACAUGGUCAGCAGACGAUACAACAGAAAAUUUUGGACAAAUUGAUAAUUUAUCAAUACAAUUGACAUCAACAAGUGUCUGGUUAAAAAAAUAUUGGCUCUCAAGACAUUUGGGAUGUGCCUUAUUUGCCUCAUCAAAUGCACUAGAAUCUAUUAAUUUUACAAAUGAGACAGAUAAUUCAAUGAUUCAAAAUGAUGUUAGUGAAGAAUAUCUACGUGAAAUACGAUCAACAGCAUUUAAUUAUCAACAACCGAAAUAUUCAUCGACGGAUUAUUUAACAAAAACAAUAACAUUAUUGGCUAGUAUUCCGUCAUUAGUAUCCGACGACUCAAAACAAAAAUUAAUCGAUCUACUUCAGUAUAAUACACAAGUUUGCUAUGGAACGUUAAUACAUAUUUUACUAUGGUUAUUUGCCAACUAUCAAUUAGCAACGGAUGUUGAAAGAAUAUGGAUUAAAGAUGUUAUUAAUUCUGUUGGCGAUUUUUAG